AAUAAUGAAUUUCCGAAGAUCCCGGACUCGCUCGCGCCGAAAUUCAAUGAAUAUAAUGGUUUCGGCAGAGAAGUGGCGUAACUAUGGAAGAAAAUUGUCCCACCGAGCUACCGAUUUCUUAGCUGAAGACUCCGAUGACGAUACACCUAGAGAGAGCAAACUUAAGGAUUGGAUUGAUGAAUUUUUUGUACAAAAAAGCACGAUGUCCGAAGAAUCUGACCAAGAUGUUGAAGUUAAACUCACAAAUAAACAAACCUUAGUUUUAGCGACAUUAGUACCAGAUGAAAUACUUCUCAUGGAUAAUUUCCAAACAGUUGAGACAAAACGUUUUGUAGGCGUACUGAUGAUGGCAGACGUAUCAGGAUAUACGGCUUUGUCAGAAAAAUACAAUAACACAGGAAAAGGCGGCACAUACCGAUUGACAGCCACCCUGAACACUUACCUUGGGUCCCUCAUAGAAGUUAUAUACAGUCACGGUGGAGACAUAAUAAAAUUUGCUGGGGAUGCAUUUUUAGCUCUUUGGAAAACAGACAAAAGGACUUUCCUAUGCCACACCAUUCAUACCGCGAUCGCGUGCGCGCUUAUAAUACAGCAUACAUUUGGUUCAUAUGAAACUGAUGUUAAAGUAAACCUUAAAGUGAAAUUGGCUAUUUCAGCAGGCAACCUCAUAUUUUCUCCCAUUGGAACAGGAAUAGACUGGAAUUAUAUAAUUUUUGGUUUACCUGUGAUUGAAGCUAAAUUAGCUGAGAGCUUGUGUGGCUCGGGAGAAGUUAAGUUGACUCCUACAGCAUGGGCACACUGUUAUUCAAGAAAUUAUGAUCACGUAGUCAGUGGAGAUGGUCAUGUUACAAUCAAAUCAAUUCUAUACGACCCACGCGAAAAAGAUGUUAGUAAACCUUUUCUUGGCUUUGGAACUAUGAUUCGUCAAAUAAAUAAACCAUUUGUAUCCUUAGAAGCCCUACCAGAUCUUCUUGAUUCUACAGAUAUAAAUAUUACUGAUAUUUCAAAGAAAACUGAACUUCUAAGUUUACGUAAAACAAUAUUAAAGGCAGGAGAGAGGGAUAUUGGUUCAGAAAUAAGAAAAUUCAUGAUCAGGCCUGUUCUAACGCAAAUUGAUGCUCAUCAGCCUUUAGAAUAUCUCACAGAGAUGCGACAAGUUUCUAUAUUAUUCAUUACACUUAAACCAAAAGAAUGUUCGUUCCCACAACUAAUAACGAUAGUGAAUAAUUCAUACCAAAUAACAAGCGAUAUUGUAUAUAAAUCUAUGGGUUGUGUUAACAAAAUCAUUCUAUUUGAUAAAGAUGUGAUGAUUUUGGUUAUUUUUGGGCUGCGUGGUUUCAAACAUGAAUCAGAAGCCCAAGCUGCUUUGAAAUGUGCUUACAGUAUUAAAAAAAGAGUAUCAGCUUUAGAUGGCGUCUUGGAAGUAUCUAUAGGCAUUACGACCGGCCAAGUAUAUUGUGGUGUAGUAGGCCAUCCUCUACGAAGAGAGUUUACAGUAAUCGGUGCUAUUGUAAAUAAGGCCGCACGAUUCAUGUGCAAUUUUCGCAAUAAAAUUACUUGCGAUGAAGCCACUUAUAUUAAAAGUAAAUUGUCCAGCAACGGGUUUACAUUACAACCACCUACUGAACUCAAAGGAAUCAUCCAGCCAGGAAAUAUUUAUGAAUAUACUGAAGAAAUUAGAAUAAAAGAAUUGUUUAGUAUCCCCCUUAUACCGCCAUUGUUAAAUCGCUAUGAUGAAAUUGAAUACUUUGAUAAUUGGCUUAGUGAUGGUAAUUUAUCAUAUAGGGACUUUGAUGCAUUACUACUUAUUGGUGAAAGUCGGAUUGGCAAAACCAGAUUAUUAGAAUGGAUGGCACGAUAUGCCAGAAAUAAAGAUUUGAAAGUAUGCUACCUGAGUUUAACAUCUAUACAUUUAGCAACGCCAUAUUUAGCAAUAAGUCAAAUUUUGGAACAAAUAAUGGAGAUUAGGGAGCCCAUACUUGAAUUUGAAAAGGAGGAGAAAAUUGUUCACCUUUUAAAACGCUAUAGUGAAGAUUUGUGCUACUUAAAUAACAUAAUUAAAGUUCGUUUUGCUUAUCACGACGAUGUAUAUUCCCAACAUGAAAAUGUUCGCAAAGUAAAAGCCAAACAGAUAUUUAAAAAACUACUCUUAUCUAUACCAGACACCCAUGUGAUACUUUUAGACGAUUUACAGAAUUUAGAUCCCGAUUCGUGGGAAUUUCUCGAAAUAAUAUUUGAUAUAGUGAAAAUGUUUACUGUAAUAACGGUCACUCGUGGUACGUUCAGCGCAGUACACAGUUGGCUUUACGCUGUAUUUAUGGCACAUAAUAUCCGCAAAAUCAACUUAGGCUCAUUAGAGUCUAAAUGGAUUGCACCAUUGGCUUGUCAAAUACUAGACGUACAAGGUGUGCCAAAUGAUUUAUGUAAAGCCCUUAUAACAAAAUGCCAUGGGAUGCCUGGACUAGUUGAAAGAUUCAUUGUUCAAUUAUUUUCCAGCGGUGCUUUAGAAUUAAAAAAUAUCUGUAAAAAUGAAGUGAAUAAUUUUAUAGAAGAAGAUUUACAGUUUCCAGACCCUGAUCUUUUACGCCCAAUAGCAUUGAAUGAAUGCGACCAAGUUACUUUGAACAAAUUAAUACAAGAAAAAUCAUCAGAAGAAAUUUCAAUAUGCUUAGUAAUAAAUAAGGAUGAACUUAAAACUAAUUUAAACGUACAAAAUGUUGAUGCUUUAAUCAUGAUUCAAAUAGAUUCACUGACUCCGUAUCAGCAGUUACUUUUAAAAAUAGCUUCAGUUAUUGGAACCGUACUUUCAAGAGAGCUUUUGGAAAAUAUAAUGUAUGAUAACAAUCCUUUAACUACAGCAAAAGCAGUAAAGAGGUUAUUUGCAAUGCGUAUAUUGUCUUGUGCAAAUAUAAAAAGGACCACGUCGGGAGGAACUAUAACGUCUAAUUACUCUAUAAGGUCAAAUUUAAUAUGUGAAUGUUCGUUUGAAUAUGAACCUGAAACUGCUGAUUAUCUACCAAAGUAUGCAUUUUGCAAAGUUAUGAAAUUUCGCAAUAAAAAUUCUAGAAAAGCUAUAUAUGAAUUAUUGCCCUUAAAUCAGAAAAAAGAAUUUCAUUCUCGUGUCGUUAAUUAUUUUGAAAAUAAUAAGCAAAAAUGCCCAGAAUGCGGAGGUACAAUCAUGGUAGUCCAAUCAACGAUAAAUUUACUUUCACAAUUUCCUUAUGAUAAUAAGUAUACUUUGAUUGAAAAACUUAUAGAAGAAGAUAGAGAUAGUGAGACUGAAAUAAAAAAUAGUGAUAUCCAAUAUCAGACAUCUUCAGCAGUAAAAGAAGACUCAAUUGAUGUACGAAGAUCAAGAUCCGACAAAUUUUUUGAGACGCAUAAUACAAAUAUAUCUCAAACAACUUCUGUAAGAAGUGAAAUAUUUAACAAAACUACACCAAUUUUGAAAAUAAAGUCAAAUGAUGUCGAAGAUAUUUAUUCACGAGAAGUGAACUCAAAAAGAGUUACAAUGUCAAGCGUGAUAGUUAAAAAUAAGAGCUCAGUGGCAAUAAAAACCUUAAACAUAUUCAAUAUGAUAAGAGCUGUUACAGAAGCUAGCAAAAUAAGUGAAUGGCAUGAUUUGGGUGUGAUUGACAGCGAAGAUAAUUUAAGUGGCAAGUCAAUCGAAAAAGAGACAAAAUCAUUUUGCUUACAUAUUGAGAAAGGUGUAUCCCAAACAAACUUUAACAGAUGUACGUGCGCAGAACUUAAUGUCGUUAUAAAUGAACAGCUUAUUUAUCACUCCAAAGAAGCUGAUCUUAAAACGAAAAUGGUAGAAUUUCUAAUACAAUAUAGCUACUUGAAUAUCUUGGCGAACAAUUUUGACGCUGCAAUACCCAAACUUGAAAAAGCUGAAAGUGCUUGCCAAGUAUUAAUCUCCUGGUUUGAUAAACAGAGAUUUUUAGGAAAAAUCUAUUCAUUGAAAGCUGCUGCUUUUUUAAUGAACGGUAGACUAUUUUGUGCUAAAACGAAUAUAGCCAAAGCUGCUAAAAUAUAUCACAUAAAUUUAAAUAAAAUAUCAGACCUCAUACAAAUAAGUGGUUUGUUAACUGUCAUGAAUCUAAAACGUACAAAACAUCGAAUACAUAUGUUACAAAUGAAGGCAGAUUCUGUGUUUUUCUUAAAUGUUGCAGUACUUUUAUAUUCCACAUUAGAAGAUGAACAAACCUCUAGAGUUGCAGCACUUCGUUCUAUACGGCUAGUACAACAAGUUGAAUGUAAUGUUAUAGAUUUAUGUGACGCAUUUAGUAAUGGCAUUCAGAUGGAGCUUGAUCGAGGCUCGAUCGAAUCAACUUUAUACUUGGAAAAAAUUACGUAUAAUGCUUUCCGGAACAUGCAACGGCCUAUACAAGCAGAUGAAUUAUUCGCUCUUGGAAAAUUGUUUAUGACUGUUUUCCAUACGCGGCUAGCACGAGGUCAACUGGCAGCUUCUAUUCGAUCAGGUUUUCGUGCGCUGGUUGUUAGUAGUUUCCUGUAUGCGCAUAAUGUUUCAUUGGAUAUAAUACCUGAUUUAUUUUAUUUGUUACUGUCGCGAUGUCGUAUUGAAGAAGCAGUACAUGUUGUGAAACUACUAAAGCAAUUGGCUGAUGGUCGCGUUACUAUUGAAAAUGAAACCUGGUACUACGCGCUUAGUAUUGACAUGAUACUGGACGCAGGAAUGCAAUUAGAAUCUCCAAAUGAAAUUAGCCAGUACGCAGAGUUUUCUAUUCACCAAGGAGUAUCAGCCGGAGAAAGCCGACGAAGACUAAUUGUUGGAUUAUGGACUUAUUGGUUACGAGCAGACUCUGAACGUAGAGCGAAGCGAUUUGAAACUGAAGCAUUAAUUUGGUCAAACCGUAUCGAGGAAGACUGUACUCUUAAAACUAUGAUAAGUGCGACGAGACUCGCUGAAGGGAUGUUAGAGAGUUUAGCUAGGAAAAUGGAUGAUUUACGAAAAGUAGUUGAUCUAAUGGAGCUGCGUUCUUUGGCCGAUCGUGAACUUUCAAGAUUGGAGAAAGAUGCCCGCGAUUUACGUGCUGUGUACCCCAGAUGGAUUCUACUUAAGGCUAAUUCAUUUAAGCUUUCUGGUCGUCAAACCGCAGCAAAGUCGCUUUUCAAUCAGGCCUUAGAAGAAUCUCGUCGAAUCCACAACCGCUUAGAAGAAGCAUCAACCUUAGCUGCUACGAGUACUUCCAACUUCCGGACUUGGAUACAAAACGCACGAAAUGGAAAUUUCACACAUUGGAGCCUUGGCGCCUCACAAGCACGAACAUCUUGGCACGAAUUAUUAUACAAGAUAUCUACUAAUCGACUAUAAAUUUGAAUAAUAUUACUUAGAAGAGUCAAUUACGUACUCACUCGGCUAUAGCUCUGAUGCUAUCUAUACUAAUAUUAUAAAGCUAAAGAGUUUGUUACUGUGUGUAUGUGUGUGUACUAAUUGCGAUUGUGUCUGUGAUUGUUUACACUAUUUUGAUCAACCUUCCUGCUAAAUCGGACAAGAAU